CGAUCACUAUCCUACAAAGAGCUCCCAUCCUCAUAAUUUCUGUAUCAGACUGAUCUAAAUGGCAUCCUCAACGCCCGCGAAGACGAUGCAGGAGGAGAAAAACCCUCGAGGAAUCCCCAAAGCUCUAUUCAUCAGCGACGUGGAGGAAUAUCUCGGGAGUCCAGAUGCCGACAUUGAAAAGGUUCUGACCGCAUUCCAGGAAGCAAUAGCGAAGUACCGAUAUAUGGACGGUAAUCUCGGUCAACGAAGACAAAGCUUGGAGGAGAAGAUUCCGGAUAUCAAGAAGACGUUGAACAUGGUGGAAUAUCUCAGAGAGAGACGGGAAGGCAAAAAGGCCGAGAAGACGGAUGAAGAUGAUCUGGAUGAUGACUUAGACGAAGCCGACGAAGGAGAGCCUAAAGCUUUGCGGACGACCUUCGAGCUCGCCGACACUCUGUACGCGGAGGCUGAACUGGAAGAGACGGACACCGUGUACCUCUGGCUAGGAGCCAAUGUAAUGUUGUCCUACAAAAUCCCAGUGGCCAUUGAGCUCCUACAAUCGAAGCUGCAGGUGGCGCAGACGAGUCUCAACAACACAACAGAAGACUUGGAGUUUAUUCGAGAGCAGAUUACGGUGAUGGAGGUAAAUACGGCCAGGGUGUACAACUACGAUGUCAAACGAAGACGGGAGAAGCGCGAGAAGGAGCAGGCAGCGUCGAAAGAAGUGGCGAAGGAAUGAAUGCUGCAAUGAAUUCUUAGUGACCCGCGCCCGAAACGUACCAUGUCCCUAUCAUGAUGGCCUUGUUCGCUGGACACCUUUGACGGCAUUAUCUUGGU